AUGGGCUCCUGUCCCCGAGAAUCGCUCUGGCCCCUGGAAGAGCCACGAAUGAGCUCUGCCUCCUGGGAACGGGGUCCUGCCCCCCGGGAACGGGGUCCUGCCCUCCGGGAACGGGGUCCUGCCCCCGGGAAUGGGGUCCUGCCCCCUGGGAACGGGGUCCUGCCCCCCGGGAAUGGGGUCCUGCCCUCUGGGAACGGGGUCCUGCCCCCCGGGAACGGGGUCCUGCCCCCCGGGAAUGGGGUCCUGCCCCGGGAAGGGGGUCCUGCCCCCGGGAACGGGGUCCUGCCCCCCGGGAAUGGGGUCCUGCCCCGGGAACCCGGAUCCGGCCCCGCUCGGCGCCUUCCGCACCCCAAAUUCCGGGGGGAGGAGGAGGAGGAGGAGGAGGAGGACGGGGGGGCCGAGGCCGCCGGAGCCGCUCCGGGACUGCCGCGCUCCUCCGGCCCGGUUCCCGCCGCCCUUCCCGCCCCAUCCCCGCUCCCGCCCCCGCUCCCGCUGACAUCGCCGCUCUCCCGCUCUCCCAGGACCCCGCCGCGGCCAUUUGAGGGACUCGGUGGCGGAAGGAGGCCGGGAAGCCGCGGGAAGGAGCCCGAGGAGCCGGAGGGGCCGGGCGGGGCCCGGGAAGGGGCAGCGAUGUCGGCGGGGGGAGCGCCCCAGCCCGCCCAUGCCCUGGAUCUGCUCCCAUAUUCCCGGCUGAGCCCGGCGCCGCGGGCCGGAUCCCAGCUGGAUGCUGUCGGUGCCGAGAUCCCCUCGGACCCCUGCACAGGGUACCGGUUCUUUAAGCCGGGGGGUUUGUUCGGGAUGAAGCCGCCGGAGGAGCCGUUCGGGGCCGCGCGGACGGGCCCGGAGGAGUCCAAGGCCCUGGGCAGCCCCUGCGCAGUGGAGCCCGGGCGGGUGAGCAAGGUGGAGCCCGAGGAGAAGCCCGGGAUUGGCGCCGGCUCCCUGGAGCUGUUUCCGGCCGCGGGCGGCAGCUCCGGCCGCUGGUUCCCCGGCGGGCAGCGCGGCCCCGAGCCCCCCCGGGACCCCCCUGCCCCCCGUGCUGGCUGCUGGGGGGCCCAGGGGGGCGUCCCCGGCCCCUUCCGCUGCGCCCAGUGCGGGAAGGGCUUCCGGCAGAAGCAGAGCCUGGUGACGCACGAGCGCAUCCACACCGGGGAGAAGCCGUUCCGCUGCGGGGACUGCGGCAAGAGCUUCAGCCAGCGGCCCAACCUGCUGACGCACCGGCGCGUGCACACGGGCGAGCGGCCCUUCCCCUGCGCCCAGUGCGGCAAGAGCUUCUCGCAGAAGGCCAACCUGCUGGCGCACCAGCGCAUCCACGGCGCCCACCCCGAGGAGGGCAAGGCGCGGGCGCGGGCGCCGGCGCGGGGCUGCCCCGAGGACGCGCCCUUCGUGUGCCCCGAGUGCGGCAAGAGCUUCCGGCAGAAGCCCAACCUGAUCACGCACCGGCGCAUCCACACGGGCGAGCGGCCCUUCUCC